GUCACCGAAAAGGGCAAAGCCUUCGGAAAUAGAAACAAAGUUGGUCACAAAUCACACAGGCUUUGCCCGAAGUCCUCCCCCACACUUCUUUAGUACGGUACCAUGGGGAAAGUGACCAGUCCUGUAGGCGGUGCAGGACACGGUGGUUUAGCGGCGAGAGAGUGGCUGUAACUUCUACGUGACCAUGGUACCUGUUGAAAACACAGAGGGCCCCAAGCUGCUAAACCAGAAGGAGAGAGAGGUGGAGAGCGAUGGCAGCUACAGAGCCAGAGCCGGCCGGCAUCCUGCCUGUGCGGGAGGUUGCAGCAUGUUUACUUUCCUGACAUCUGUCACUGCAGCUCUCAGUGGCCUCCUGGUAGGUUAUGAACUUGGGCUCAUCUCCGGAGCUCUUCUCCAGAUCAGAACCCUGUUGGCCCUGACCUGUCAUGAGCAGGAAAUGGUUGUGAGCUCCCUGCUAAUUGGGGCCUUCCUCGCCUCUCUCACUGGAGGGAUUCUGAUAGACAGAUAUGGACGAAGGACUGCAAUCAUUUUGUCAUCUUGUCUACUUGGACUUGGAAGCUUGGUCUUGAUCCUCAGCUUGUCCUACAUAAUUCUCAUCAUGGGACGCAUUGCCAUUGGAGUCUCCAUUUCUCUCUCUUCCAUUGCUACCUGUGUAUACAUUGCCGAGAUUGCUCCGCAACAUAGAAGAGGCCUCCUUGUGUCACUGAAUGAACUGAUGAUUGUCAUUGGCAUCCUUUUUGCCUAUACUUCAAAUUAUGCAUUUGCCAAUAUCUCACAUGGCUGGAAGUAUAUGUUUGGUCUUGUGAUUCCCGUAGGAAUUUUGCAAGCAAUUGCAAUGUACUUUCUCCCUCUGAGUCCUCGAUUUCUGGUGAUGAAAGGGCAAGAGGAAGCUGCUAGCAAGGUUCUGGGAAGAUUAAGAGCAAUCUCAGACACAACUGAAGAGCUUACUGUGAUAAAAUCUUCCUUAAAAGAUGAGUAUCAGUACAGUUUUUGGGAUCUGUUUCGGACCAAAGACAAUAUGAGGACUCGAAUAAUGAUAGGUCUAACACUGGUAUUUUUUGUACAAGUCACUGGACAGCCAAACAUAUUGUUUUAUGCAUCAACUGUUUUGAAGUCUGUUGGCUUUGAAAGUAAUGAGGCAGCUAGCCUGGCUUCCACUGGAGUUGGGGUGGUCAAGGUCAUAAGCACCAUCCCGGCCACCCUUCUUGUAGACCAUGUUGGCAGUAAAACUUUCCUCUGCAUUGGUUCAUCCAUGAUGGCAGCUUCAUUGCUGACUAUGGGUAUUGUGAAUCUUAACAUACACAUGAAUUCCACAAAUAUCUGUAGAAGCCACAGCUCUGUUAACCAGUCCUUGGAUGAGCCCGUGCUUUAUGGAGCAGGAAACCUGUCAGCCAGCAACAAUAUUCUCAGAGAGCACUUUAAAGAAAUCACUUCCCACAGCAGGAGCUCACUUAUGCCCAUGGGAAAUGACAUGGAUAAGAAAGGGGAGAUGAACUCCACAUUCUUACCAAAUUCUGGACUACACCAAACUGAAUACCAGAUAGCCACGGACCCUGCAGAUGUCCCAGCUUCUUUGAAAUGGCUGUCUUUAGCCAGUCUGCUCUUUUAUGUUGCUGCUUUUUCAAUUGGUCUAGGACCAAUGCCUUGGUUGGUGCUCAGCGAGAUUUUUCCAGGUGGGAUUAGAGGACGAGCCAUGGCUCUAACCUCUAGCAUGAACUGGGGCAUUAAUCUCCUCAUCUCUCUCACAUUUUUGACAGUAACAGAUCUUAUUGGCCUGCCAUGGGUAUGCUUUAUGUAUGCAUUCAUGAGCCUAGCAUCUCUGGGUUUUGUUAUUAUGUUUAUACCCGAGACAAAGGGAUGCUCUUUGGAACAAAUAUCAAUGGAGCUGGCAAAAGCGAACUAUGUGAAAAACAACAUUUGUUUUAUGAGUCAUCACCAAAAAGAAUUAGUGCCAACACAGCUUCAAAAAAGCAAACCCCAAGAAAAGCUUCUGAAGUGCAAAAAGCUGUGUGGAAGCGGAAAACCAAAGCAGCUUUCUCCAGAGACCUAAGGCCUCAAAUCAUUACGAAGGUUAAUAUGAAUGUUUGCAGGGUCUUUGUACCUGUGCAUAUUUGCCACUCCCAUGCUUUCUGUUCAGUGUCAUGACACUGUUUUAAGAAAGACACCCUGAUAUUAUAAUGACAACCGCUAAUCCCUUCUUUAAAGGUUGAUGAGGAACAAUGUCCUGAGCAACUCUUACUUAUUCAGAGUACAAUAGCAGGAUUAAAAAAAAACAAAAAUAAAAACUGGCUGAUUCAGUACUUUCUUUUAGCACAGCCACCUUUGAAAGAGUAAGUCCUAGUGAUGAGAUCUAUCUUGGCCUUAAACGGCUAUAUGAACCCAGUCACUUUUAUUAUUUAGACACAGGUGUUCUGCACACAAGCUUACAGUUUUUGCCUACUAAAACACUAUCUGGACUGGGACUUGUACAAAAAAGAACUGGGACACAAGGCGGACAACUUAAUUGCACAUCCAUUCUAGAUUAGGAUAGGGUCCUGGCUAGGAUUUUAGUGUUAAUUCCUAGUUACAGUUCCACAAGGAUUAUGCAACUUAAUUUACAAAGUAAAAUUUAAUGCAAAAUAUAUUACUUUUAUGGAUUUUAAUCGUAUAAAGUAUUAAACAAUUCUGUAAUACUUGAGAAAAAUAAGCAUUUUUUGUCUUUUUUAAUGGUUAGAAAGAUAAAUUUGAAAAUCCUGGGACCAUAUUUAUUUAGAAGUAGCUGUGAGUAAACUGUCAGAGAAGGAGUCAGGCCAUAGAUUAUUUAUCCAAAUUUCUAAGCAAUUAGGUUUAAGUUAUUAAAUCAAAUCUAAAAAAUUCUCUCCCUGGAAAGCUUUCAUGAUGAGUUACAGUAAUCACAGUUUCCUGCAGUUCUUCCUACUCUUCAGGAAUUAUCUCUACCUCAGGUUAUGGCAGACAAGACUAUAAUUGAUGCUGACUUUCAGAUGAAUUUAGACAUAAUAAAUAAAUGACAUUCAGACAUCUGGACAAUUCACUACCCAUGUUCUUAAUAGAAAGUCCAUAAAAAAGAAUCUUGAAACAGUGAAAUAGUAACCUAUUCCAUUACUGGUGGAUUCUUUUUUUUUUUUUUCCGGUACCGGGGAUCGAACUCAGGUCCUUGCGCUUGCUGGACAGGCGGUGGAACCACUGAGCUAAAUUCCUGGCCCACCUAUUAGAUUACUAAUGCAAACUGUGGAAGACAACACAAAAACUUAAAGUACAACCAACUUAACAUUAAAAAAAAUUUUUUAAAUAUGAUUAAACAGAAGAAAAAAGAAUUCUAGGCGCCAAAUCCCUUAUUUAGCUUGGCAUUUUUCCCCCUCUGUCCCCUAACAAACUAUCCCAGUUUUAUAUAAGGAAACAGUCCACUACUGUACAUUCCCUUAUAACAGACUGGAUAGACUAUAAACCGAUGUAAGCAGUAGUAAAAUGAUAAUAUCAAAGACUCAGGAGACUAAAAGUCCUGCUUUUGAAAGUCCUGGUUUUGAACAUUUUUAUUAUCCAAAUUAACAUUGGCAAGAUGGUAAAAGGAGAUUUGAGAUCUUGAUUCUGUCACAGUACAUUUUGUAUGCAAGUUAGAACACGUAUUAUGUUUUAUUUUGGGAAAAGAAAGGAAGGUGUGUUCUACAAAGAAUCAAUUUAACUUAUAGGGAUCUUUGGUGGAAUUAUACGCCAAAGUUUUUUUUUAAAACUCAAGACUGGUUUAUCAGUAUGAACUUUUUCUUUUUUGGUAAGCAUCACACAGAUUGUAAUAUAUUUAACAAAGUUGCUCCAUGAUUCUUUUCAAUUUCAAACAAUAUAUACUUUACCUAUUUCUUGGUUUGGCUAUUCAUUGUAAAUGCACAAAAAAAUAAACCUAGCUGGUUUAUUAUUGACUUCAGCUUCAGUAUCUUCAACAUUCUUUCAUGUAUUUUUUUUAUCCUACAUGUAUAACAAUUUUGUCUUCAAAAUAAUUUUUCCCAAUUCCCAUCCCUCCCCCACACCAAAUGAAGCUUAUUUGCAAAAAAGAGGAGAAAGCUUAUAAUUUGUAUGUAUAUAUUCACAGUUUUUAUUUAUUAAAAAAAAUUUACAGUACUUGUGGAAAGCCAGCAGAAGACAUCAAACACACUCACAUCUUCCCAGCUUUGUUCUGUUUAGAGGAUUACCCACGGACACAAUCAGGGGUGCUCACACCGUGGCUGGAUCUAGCCUGUCAGACUGUCUUUUCUCCCCUCUCAGAUAAAGCAUGUCCAUGAGCUACUGACCAGUUUUCAAAUCAUCUGAAUACUGAAAAUGUUACAUCAUCUGGAUCUGUACUUUGGAUAUAUAAUUAUAUUUUCCCCUAUUCUAUAUAUAUAUAUUUUGUGUGUGUAUGUGGGAACACUGCAAAACAGGAGUUCACCUUAUUACUGUCAAUUAAA